CGCCAGUACCGUGGAAAAUAGACCACCCCACGGAGACAGUAAGAUAUAAAUGGUCUAGUAAAUAUGUUCAUUAUUUCUUGAAUGUUUAAAUCUUUUUAUUAGCAGGAAUAACUGCCGGCUCCUCCGUUCUUGUCUAGUAUCAUCUUCAGCACCGCCAAACCAAUACCUACCUACCGAGGUCUGCCUAGGAGCUAGGUAAAGGAGAGAAGUCAAGAUGGUAGCAUUACCAUUGUUCAAGCUAGCCUCACUAUUCCUCAGACAUGUCUCAAAAUAUGGCGCCAAUCGAAUCAAAGUUCAAGCUCAUGAUCAUCCACGCUUCCGAGUAUUCGCUGCCAAGUAUGGCCAAUCGAUACAUCAAUUGAACAUGCGCUUAUCAGUUGCGCUACUCCGAGACGUUGAGGCGGAAAUAAGAGCCAAGGAAAAGGCAGAAGCACCUACAGUGAAAACAAAAGGUCAAAUAGAGAAAGAGGAGGAAAUACGUGCCAAGCAUGGCACAACCAAUCAGGAAACCCGUGCCAGGAAGACGUUGCCUAUAAUAAGUGUUUGGAGAAGAAAGUUCAGACCUCUCCCAGAAGCUAAGGCGGUCGACUUGUUUGCAGAUGUGGUUGGCGACGGCUUCAUUCUCCUCGUGGGCACCGUGUUGAUAUUGUAUGAGUAUCACAGAUCAUCUCAAAAACCGGAUACCAAUCUUGAGAAAAUAAAGGAGCUCAACACACUAUUUGAAGAGCUUGAUAGGAGAGAAAAGGCACUCGAGGAAGCCGAGAAGCGACAACAAAGUAGAGUGCUGAUACUCGAAGAAGCUUUAAGGGGGCUCAAAGACCCCAAAACUCAGAGGCCACUAUUGCCACCAACGCCAACAGCAUCACCUUCUGCCUAAAGUCAAUGGGUCAUCGUCAUAGAACAUGGGCUGGCGGGAUUCACAGAUGAUGAUGACGACCUAGACGUUCUUAUCGUAUGACCUCACGAAUGUAUAAAACAACUGUAUAUAUCGAGCCGGCGUUGAUAGACAUGGCUAAGGGGAGGGUUGUGCUUAUCAGCGAAAAUAUUCGCGGAGCACAUGUGUUGAAUAGUGAGAACCGCUCCUCCAAUUUGCGCCGAAUAUAGAAAGGCCUCACGUCUCUACUCAAUUGCUCCAGUCCGACUUGACACUCUGUUAACGGAACCUUAAAAAAAGGGAUAUCUCUCGAUGAGAAACUUGUUCAACACGGGAUCAUGUAAUUGUCAUUUAGACAUACAUACGUAUCCAAAUACCUAGUCAUAAGGGCAUCAGACGAUAUAACCCAAGGGAAAGAGCUAACUGAUACCUAGUAUAUUCAUAUUCAUAUCG